CAUGUUCUUUGCUUUCGGAUUAAUGCACCGAGUCAAUCUCUGGAACGCGGCGUCACACCCGAGGUGACAGGACAGGGAAAACGCGAGAGGCGUUGUCUGCGCUAAACAGAGACGGACCUGAGGAUCGGCAGUGGCACCGCUCAGGUGACCCGGCCGCCGGAGCCCGGGACCUCGCACCUGUCGCUCUCCAGCUACUCCCCUCCCCCUCGCCCUCCCCGAUCCUCAGGUGCCGAUGGCGGCCGCCCUGCUGACGGACCCGGCGCAGGUGGGUGCUGCACCCCUGGGUUGUUCCCCCGACCUCCAUCUCUGAAUCCUGAAGCCUCGAAUGAGGGACGCCUCAGGUCCCUGCAGCUCAGGAUCAUGUGUCCAGACAGUGGGGGCUCUCUUGGUCGGGUCCCAUUUCUGACAGCCAACAUGAUGGGAUGUGGAAAGAUGUUACAGGCGAGGGGCCAGCAUGUGCAGAGGCUUGGAGGUGCGACACAGCCGGAGCAUUUGGGAAAUCUAGGGCCUUUGGUGUCUGAAAAGAUCAAGAGUUCGAGCAGCUGUGCCUCAAUUCUCAGGGUGAUGGGAGCUACGGAAGAUUCUGAACAGAGAGGCAAUAUCUGAUGGUUUCAAAAGUAUUCCGUAGACUGCCCAGGUGUGUACAGACUUGAGGUGAGGGUGCGGACAGUGGGCCCCAGAAAGGUUGAGACAUAGUCCAAGGCAACACAGCUAGACUGAGGCUCAGAGGACAGACGGCCCCAGGUCUGUGGCAGGGCAGGAGUAGAAGAUAGGCCUGAGCCCUUGGGCCUCUUUCAUGGUUGCUUGUCUCUCAUAGUCUCCCUCUUACCACAGGUUCCCCUGAUCUCAGUAGUAAUUAUGGGCUUUAUACAGGUGAGGGAAGGAUGUCCAGGCUCUCAUCGAUUCCACCCCCACCCAUGAGGGCUUCAGGAUUGUGGUGUCAUAGAACACUUUACUUUUUUAAAAAUAAAUUUAUUUAUUUUUGGCUGCGUUGGAUCUUCGUUACUGUGCGCGGGCUUUCUCUAGUUGCGGUGAGCGGGGGCUACUCUUGGUUGUGGUGCGCAGGCUUCUCACUGCAGUGGCUUCUCGUUGCAGAGCACAGGCUCUAGGCAUGCGGGUUUCAGUAGUUGUGGUGCGCGGGCUCAGUAGUUGUGGCUCACGGGCUCUAGAGCGCAGGCUCAGUAGUUGUGGUGCGUGGGCUUAGUUGCUCUGCGGCAUGUGGGAUCUUCCCGGACCAGGGCUCAGACCCAUGUCCCCUGCAUUGGUAGGCGGAUUCUUAACCACUGCACCACCAGGAAAGUCCCGAACACUUUACUUGUACUCUCCCAGCUCUUGUGUCUGAGGACCCUGGAGAAACGCCAAGCCCAGGGUUCUGGGUCUAGACCAGGGGUUACAUGCAAGGGUUCCCGUUUUCUGGUGACCACUGGAAUAAGGUGUGGAAGUUUGUUCCAGGAACAGGAACCAGUGUGUGCAAAUACUUGAAGGAGAGAUUGAGAUGGGAGUUUUCAAGAAACUACAGGUCUCCACCAUAUCUGGUAGCAAUCAAGAGCAGGUGGGCAGGAGUCAGGCCUGAAAUGGCCAGCUGACAAGCGAGAACUCUGUUCUGAGGGUGGUGUAGCCAUGGUGGGUGUGGAGCAGAGGAGGGAGGUAAUCUGAUCCAGGUUUUAACAGCCUCUUUCUGGAUGCCAAGUGGAGAACAGACUGUGUGUGGUGACGGAAGAGGGAAUUAAGAUAGAGACAAGGAGACCGGGGAGGAGACUGCUUCAGUAUUCCAGGGGAAAGUGAACUUUGAGGACGUGUUCGUGUACUUCUCCCAGGAGGAGUGGGGGCUCCUUGAUGAGGCUCAGAGGCUCCUGUACCGCGAAGUGAUGCUGGAGAACUUUGCCCUUAUGGCCUCACUGGGUUGUUCGCAUGGAAUGGAGGAGGAGGAGAUACAUUUUGAGCAGAGCGUUUCUGUAAAAGGAGUGUCACAGGUCACGAUUCCUAAGACGAUUCCGUCUUCCCAGAAGGCCCACCCCUGUGAGACAUGUGGCCCGAUCUUGAAAGAUGUUUUGUACUUGGCUGAGCACCAGGAAACACACCCUGGGCAAAAACCAUACAUGUGUGUGGCAUGUGGGAAACAACUCUGUUUCAGUGCAAACCUUCACCACCAGAAGCAGCACAGUGGAGAGAAACACUGCAGAAGGGAUAAGGGUAGGGCCUUUCUUGUGAACAGCUGCUCUGUCCAAUCAUUGGACAUUCCCUUUACCACAGGGGAGGGUUGUAAGGACUUCCCAACUAGCUCAAGCAUAUUCCAGCACCAUGCUCCUCUUAGUAAGUGGAAGCCACAAAGUAACACCAAGUGUGCAGAGGCCUCUCACAGUGGACAAAGGCAUUACAAGUGCAAUGAAUGUGGGAAAGCCUUCAGCCGCAAAGACUCACUUGUUCAGCACCAGAGAGUCCACACUGGAGAAAGGCCUUAUGAGUGCAGUGAGUGUGGGAAAACCUUCAGCCGCAAACCCAUACUUGCGCAGCACCAGAGGAUCCACACUGGAGAAAUGCCUUACGAGUGUGGCAUAUGUGGGAAAGUUUUUAACCAUAGCUCUAACCUUAUUGUACACCAGAGAGUCCAUACUGGAGCAAGGCCUUACAAAUGCAGUGAAUGUGGGAAAGCCUACAGUCACAAAUCCACACUUGUUCAGCAUGAGAGUAUCCAUACUGGAGAAAGGCCUUAUGAGUGCAGCGAAUGUGGGAAAUACUUUGGUCACAAAUACAGACUCAUUAAGCACUGGAGUGUUCAUACUGGGACAAGGCCUUAUGAGUGCAUUGCAUGUGGGAAGUUCUUCAGCCAAAGUUCCGACCUUAUUGCACACCAGAGAGUUCACAAUGGUGAAAAGCCAUAUGUGUGCAGUGAGUGUGGAAAAGCCUUUAGCCACAAACAUGUGCUUGUUCAGCACCAUAGAAUCCACACUGGAGAAAGACCGUAUAAGUGCAGUGAGUGUGGGAAGGCCUUCAGGCAAAGAGCUUCCCUCAUCAGACAUUGGAAAGUCCAUGCUGGAGAAAGGCCUUAGGAUAGCAAGGAAUAUGCCAUAGUGGGUGACACCAGAGAGAAGCUCUGAGAGUAGCCUAUGUGAGUAGCCAUCAGCUGGAAGAUGAGUCUCAUACAUUUGAACUCCCACCCUGAGGAGAUGCUUCUGUGUGCCAGCUAUAUGGGAAGGUUUCUGGAGAAAUAUUGCACUUCAUAACAUGCCUUUGUUCACUGUGAGAGGCCUCUGCACACUUGCCAGAAGCAUAUCACUGCCAGUGUCUCUGAAAGAAUCCAUAUGUCUGUGCAACAGCAGGGUGCCACAUUGUGUGUAAGUCACCCCAGAGUGCUUUGAUGGGCAAGAUCUCUGCUCUUCCUCCCUUCCUUGGAGGGAAUCAUCGGUAGCCUGAGCCCAUUGAAGAUCCUCACUCCUUCCUGCCCCCCUACUGGUUAAGCGUGAAUGUGACCCAAUUUUGGCCAGAAGAACGUAAGCUUUGUUCUGCUGGCUGCUUGCAGAGAUUUCCAUUUUUCAGACUUUAUUGGUCUCAUGUGGCACUUGUGAUGGAUUUGUCCAGCCCCUAAGUCACCUAACUUGGGAAUUGUCUGACUCAUAUUAUUCUGGGUUUGCAACAAAUACCUUAGUUUUUAACUACGUUGAAUCCUGGGGAUUCUGUUCACUUUGUGGGUUGAGUUGAGAACAGAAUUGGGCUCUGCCAGCCUGAAAGAAUGAACAGCUUGUGUGAGAGGUCCAACUGUUGUGUCUCAGUGGUAUUUGCAGAAUGGUGAAGAAAGAACAGCUCUUAUUCUAGUUUCAGCCUAAUUUGCAUUGCUACUCAAGGCCUCCUAGGAAAGAAUACCAAUCUUUGCAGGCCUAAUUGUGUGUCCUGUAUGCCAAGAUGAUUUGUGUGACCAAGGUCUUCUUGAGCAAUGGGCAUUUGUCAUGACAACUUCUGAUGUGCCUGGGAGCAGCAUGAAUUGGGUCCCUUGUUCCCAGGGAAUGCUUCAUAUUCCCCAGCCUUCUUUAGGAGAGUUUGAUUCCCUGGGACCUACCAGCAUCCCUGAAAUCUAUUAUUUGGUAGGCAGAUGUCACUGUCCCCUAAAAGGACAUCUGAUAAAUAGGAAGUUGGGAGACUAUAGCCAACUAUAGGGAAUAUAACUCUUCUAAAGGCAUACCCACAAAUGUUUCUAUCACUGUGACUUUGGUAUGAGGGUUUAUGGAACUUCUCAGGACUCAUAUUUGUGUCUCAUAAUCUUACAGCUACAGUUACAGUCUGAGCAAUCUAAACAUUUUCUGCAAUUAAUUGCACAUAUUUAUAGUGUAUAAUUUGAUACAUUUUGAUACAUGUUUUCACCUUUGAAACAAAGUUUCCUGAUUCCUUUUAUAAUAUCUCUUGCCCUCACCCAUUCCCAGGCAACCACUCAUCUUGCUUUCUGUCAUUAUAGAUCUGUUUGGAUUUCCUAGAAUUUUAAAUGUGUGUGUGUAUAGAAUAAUUUAAAAGGUACUAGUAUGUAUAUGGCUUUUCAAACUAUGCAUAAUUAUGUUGUGAUUUAUCAGUGUUCUGUGUAUCAGUAAUUCAUUCUUUUUCAUCCAUACUUUUGCUUAAAGUAUUAAAGAAACAGUUCCAAAGCAAGUGACCCAGGAGAGAACUCACAGGAAUGAAGCCACAGUAUCUGUGGCUCAUAACCUUCACCUGGAAGUGAUGUGCCAUCGUUUUUGACUUACUCUGUGGGUAACACAGACUAAUCCUGGUUCAGGGUGGAAGGGGACUCACUUCACAACAGUGAAAAUACAAAGAGGUAGGGAUUUGUGGGAGCAUUUCUUGAAUACUGGUGACCACAAUCAUAGUUGUUUUUCUUUCUUUUACCUUUUUAGUCUUUUAAUGAGGAAUCAUAUUGACUGAUUUCAAAAGUUAAACCAACCUUGCAUUUCUGAGGUAAACCCUAUUUGGUCAUAAUGUACUACUCUUUUAUGCAUUGUUGAAUUUUAUAUGCUGGUUUUCUUUUUUUUUUUUUUUUAAGAUUUUUGCAUCUAUGCUCAUGAGGGAUGUUAGUCUCUAAUCUUUUUAAUGCAUGAGUUUGGUUGCUGUCAGUGUAAUGCUGGCUUUACAUAAUAUGUUGGUUAAGUGUCCCCUGCUCUUCAAUUUUCUGGAAGAGUUUGUGAAGAAUUGACAUUAUUUCUUUCUUAAUUGUUUGGUGGAAUUCACUGGUGAAGUAUUUGGGCCUGGAGUCUAUUUUGUGGGAAGGUUUCUAACUAUAAAUUUAAUUUCCAUAGUGAACAUAGGUUUAUAGAAUUUAUCUUUUUUUUCCCCCUACAGUGAGCUUUGGUGAUUUGUAUCUUUCUCAAAGAGUUUGUUUAUUUAAGUAGUCAAAUUUUUCAAGCUACCCUUUCAUUAUUUUAGUACCUGUAGAAUCUGUAGUGAUGCCACCUCUCUUAUUCCCGACACUGGUAAUGUCUAUAUUUCUCUUUUUUCUUCAUCAGUAGUUUAUCAGCUUUAUUGAUCUUCUGAAUGCACUUGAUUUCACUGAUUUUUCUGUUUUUUCCUGUUCCUUUUUUCCCCCCCAUUUUGACUUUUACCAUUGCCUUUUGCUUUUAUUGUAUUUCAUUUCUGUUCUUCUCCUACUUUUUAACAUAGAUCCUGAGAUCCUUCAUUUGAAACUUUUGGGUUUUUUCCUAACAUAGGUGCUAAAUUCUAAAAGUCACUGUGUAACAACUGCUUUAGUUGCCUCCCACAAAACUUUAUAUGUUGUAUUUUCAUUUUAAUUACAUUUAAAAUCUUUUCUGGUUUCCUUUUAAAUUUCUUCUUUGACACAUGGUUCUUUUUAGAAGUGUGUUAUUUGGGAUUUUCCUUAUCUUUUUGGUAAUUGAUUUCUAAUUCAUUGCAGUCAGAGUAUAUACUUUAUGACUUGAAUUAUUUACAUUUAUUGAUAUUUUCUUUAUGGCCCAGAAUAUGGGUUAUCUUGUAUUUCAUGUUAGCUUAAAAUAAAUGUAUAUUGUGUUCUUGUUUGAUGGAGAGUUCUACAAAUGUCAACUCGGUUAAGACAGUUGACAAUGUCUAAGUUUUCUAUAUCUUUACUGGUGGUGGGUGGGGGGUGGUAUUCUGUCAAUUAUUUGAAUAAGGUUGUUGACAUCUCUGAAUAUAAAAAUGGAUUUGCCUAUUUCUCUAUCAGGUUUAGUUCUAUCAGGUUUUGCUUUGUAUAUUUUGAAGUCUUUUUAUUAGGUGAAUAAACAUUUCCUACUGUUAUGUCCA